AUGUCAUUGGACUCCCCGCUGCGCGCCUACCUGCGGGAUGCAGCCCGCAAGUUCGACUCGAUCCUCUCAGACUCAGCCCUGCGCGAAAUCAACUCGGAGCUCUACGCCUCCCUCUGGGACAAUAACGACGAGUUCCUCCACAACUACUUCCCUUCCUUUGUUGAGGCCCGUCAGAACGGCGUCACCGUCCUCACCGACAAUGGCGAUGACGAGUACUCGCCCUCUGCCAGGGGCCAAGCCUGUGGCCAUACCUUCAAAAUGGGUGAAGGUGUCUUCCGUUGCAGGACGUGUGCAUUGGACGAGACUUGCGUGUUUUGUUUGCGUUGCUUUCACGGAACCAACCACGAGGGUCAUGAUACCUCGUUCUCGGUCAACAACGGUGGAGGCGGAUGUUGCGAUUGCGGGGACCCAGAGGCAUGGAAGGUCGAACUCGACUGCAUCUAUCAUUCAGCCAAACACAUUCCACAAGGCGAGACCGAUCCAAAGAACCUGGAAUACCCACCCGAAGUCACAGCAUCGAUUCGCCGGACAAUAGCCGCGGUCCUCGACUUUAUCAUCGACACCAUGACGACAUCGCCCGAGAACAUGAAUGGAACCCGUGUGAGCAAAGAACAGAUCCAGCGCGAUGCAGUUGAUGCCGGGAACAUUGCAGGAGAGACGACGAACCUCGACCUCAUGGACUUUGUCUGUAUUCUCUGGAACGAUGAGGACCACUCCUUCACAGAUGUCAUCAACCGAGUCUCGGAAACCACCAAUAUGGCAUCCAAUUAUUCUCGAAAGAUCGCCGAAACGGUUGAUACACAGGGACGAGCUAUCGUUGAAGUAUCAAGCGACAUUCAGAGACUCAUGGAGAUUGCGGAGAACCUGGCAGACAUUGGGCUGGUUGUCAGCAUUCGAUCUGCCCGAGAGACAUUCAAGGAGCAGCUGUGCGACGUCUGCAUCUCCUUCUUGAAAUCGCUGGCUUAUAUCAAAGGAGGCGCUGUCUCACAAAAGCAAUCACAGGCCAUUCGGGAAAUCAUAUGCGAGGAGCUGUGCAGCGAAUGGCGUCGGAAACCCAACAAGAACAACACCAUGAGCCACCAGGACACCGUCGUCGAGAUGGAGGACGACUAUAUCGACAUUGUCGGAAUCAACCCAGAGGAAGAGAGCCGUGUCCCCAUUGUGUCUGCCCAUGAACUGGAUGUCGAUGGCGAUGUCGAUAUUUCAGGAUCAGUCCACGAAGACGUCAUCGACGACCACCCAUCACGGCCUCACCACCAUACCCACGCCCACGCCCACAUCCACAACCACGACGGAGACUCGGAGAUGUCACAUGCUGCUCACGAUGAAGAUACCCUGAUGGCAGAGAGUUCGAGUUCCAGCGUAGAUCAGCAACCGUCCGACCCCUUUGCCAAGAGCGCCAGAGCCGGUCCUCCUCGCCGCAAACUCAGAAUCGACUGGCUUCUGUUGCUCGACCUCAAGUUUUGGAAGCUUCCCCGAGCCAACCUUCGUGAGGUCUACAUUGGUACAUUGGUCCUUAGUCCAAAGUACAAGAAAUUCAUGGCUGUGCGGUUUGCCUUCAAUUAUCUCAAGAUUGCAAGAGCUUUCUUGGUGGUCGACCGUGAGCCAGAGCUGUCGAUCAUCCUUUUCUCUGUCCAGCUGUUCACGGUUCCGACGAUUGCAGAGAUGUUGGCGCAGGAGCAUAACUUUAUAUACAUCCUCUGCCAAAUCCUGAUCUCCUUCUUCCAAGGACCCAACUAUGCCGGCGGGCCCAUCAACUGCAACCUCCCUCCCUUUGAGAACAGACGUUACUUCCACAUAUUCCACGACUUCCGGUACAUCCUGGCCAACGAUGCCGUCAAGCAAAUCGUCUCAAAUCGCCCAGCAUACCAGACGCAGAUGAUUGAAGUCCUCAACAUGUUCCAAGGAAUGCACCCCAACACUCGCUACUCUCUUGACCACAUUGAAUUCGAGCCCAACACCUGGGUCAAUGCCUUCAACGUCACAUUACAGCUCUACAAGUGCUGUCGACAGUUCUCUGACUGCUUUUCUUCCAACUCCUUGGUCUUGACUCAGGUUCUUUCACGGACAGUAAAGAAGAUCUACGAAUGGUGCGACAAGCACGAAGAGGAAAUGCCCCAGCCUGCCGAAGAGGGUCCCAAUUCUCACCCACUCCCUUCUGCCCAGGACCUUGCCCUGGCUGAGAACCACCCAAUGAUCGGGGCGCUUCCAACCGGACCAGCAACCAUGCCAGCACACCAACCAGGUCAGGUCGUCCCCGCUCAGCCCGCAACAGCCGCCAGCCCCGCAACUCCUGCGAGGAAGACCCAAGUACAUACUAUUAUCAUGCCCACAUCCCCACCAAGAUCGUUCGAUGUGAUCGAGUACAAGGUCUCGGCCCAGCCUGUCGCCUUCCACCACCCUCUUCACUGGUUUUUGGCGGACUUGCUGGAGAAUGUCAACUUUUUGGACUCGGCCGAGUUGCAAAAGGUUGGCUACGAGUCGUUCCGCCACUUGAUGCUCCAGAUUGUCGGUAGCGACCACGAUUCGGAUGAGAAGCGCGUCUUCAAGCUCCAGGAGAUUUUUGACUACCCCCUUCGAGUGUGCGUGCUAAUGGCUCAGAUCAAGGCAAAUGUCUGGGUGCGCAAUGGAUUCGUGAUCCGCACCCAGGCCCAGUACUACCGCGAAGUCUCCCUCCGUGAGAACACAUACGACUCGGACAUUUUCUUGCUCCAGGUCGCAAUGGUCCUCUUUGAGCCGGAGCAUUUCCUGGUCACAGCUCUGGAUCGCUUCGAGCUUUUGGACUGGUUCUCUGGCCAACGGGAGCACAGCACCUAUGACCUAUUGCAGAUCGUGUUUAUGGCCGAGGAGCUCUUGACCCUCUUGAUCGUCUGUGUGUCCGACAGAGUCAACGCAGCAGGAUUUACGAUUGAGCAGGAGAUUCGCCGCGAAGUCGUCCACGGUCUUUGCUUGAAGCCCAUCGCCUACUCGGAGCUCACCAAGCGUAUCCCUGAGCGUCUCACAGACCAUUAUAAGUUUGACGACACUCUCAAGGAACUCGCUUCCUACCGUGCACCCGACGGUAUCUCAGACCACGGUCUCUACGAGCUCAAGGAUCAGUUCUUUGACGAAGUCGACCCUUAUUUUAUCCACUUUUCAAGGAACAACAGUGAGGAGGCCGAGGAGAUUCUUAAGAGCCGAAUGAUCAAGAAGAGCAACAACACCAUCAAGUCGCCCCAGAUUCUUCCCCGCCUUUCCACGAUCGAGCGCGGCCCCUUCCAGAACCUUGGUAACAUGAUGCAUACCAAGACCAUGACCCAGAUAUUGUUUUACACCUUCUGGAACGUCAAAGCCGAGCCCAGGAUCAAGUCUGACACCAUCAUCGAUCAAGCCGCCUACAUGAUGCAGAUUGCCAUCCUCGACCCCAACAACGAUGCCUUCAGGAGUCUUCAGCAGGAUGCCGCGGGCGAGUCGUCGGGCAUCGGCAUGACGGGCUUUAUGCGUCACGCCUCAUUCGAAAAGUUCCCCGUCGUCAUCAACGGAAACGAGCGCAUUCGUCUGUCUCUGCUCUCGAUCUUGAUUCAGCGUGCAGAUGACCCAGCCUACAAGAGCAUUCAGCCCAAGUUGAACUUUGUGCUCAACAAGUUUGAGGAGCUCGGCUCAACCGAGGCGAAGGCGAUGGUUGGUGAGUGGAAGGCCUCCAAAGGCCCCACUGAAGGCGGAGAGGCUGGUGUGAGCGAGGCUGAGGAGGUUGAGCGUCGAAAGAAGGCCAGUCAGGAGCGCCAGGCCAGGAUGUUGGCUCAGAUGGCCCAGCAGCAGCAGAGCUUCAUGUCACUUAACGAGGAUCUCUAUGACUCGGACUCGGACGAGGCGGACGUAGAGUCGAUGCACGAGGAUGACCAGAAUCCACUUGAGCUCGGUGCACAAAAGAUUGCAGAGACGAUUUGGCACUAUCCCACCGACACCUGCAUUGUCUGUCAGGAGGAGAUGACUCAAUCGAGCGAAUACGGAAUGCUUGCCUACGUCCAACCCUCGCACAUACUUCGUCAGACGCCCAUGGAUGACCCCCAGUUCUUGCUCGAGUCUGUCGUCUCACCUCUCAGUCUCGACAUUUCAGCCACCUCGAUUCGCCCCUUUGGCAUUGCUUCCAACUUUGAGAAGCACAGCGCCAACUUUGAGGCACCCAAGGAGGCGGACGCUGCUAGCACCAAGGAACCCGAGUCGCGGCCUGGAUCUGGAAAGGCAACUGCAACAGGACAGCCUUACCGUCCUCAGAAGAUUGCCAAGGGAUUCCCGACGACGUCUCAUCGCCGUGGACUUUAUACCUCGAGCUGUGGACAUUUGAUGCACAUCAAGUGUUUUGAAACCUAUGUUCGUUCGCUCCAGCAACGCCAUGAGGCCCAGCACAACCGCAACCAUCCCGAGGACCCAGCUCAGCGCGAGUACAUGUGCCCACUCUGCAAGUCGCUCGGUAACUUGUUGCUGCCGAUUAUCUGGAAGGGCAAGAAGCAGACCUACCCUGGUGUGCUGAUCCCCGCUAACGGUAGUAGCCCUGUGGAUUGGCUCAAAUCAGGAGCUGUGACCGCCUUGGAGUCAUUGUCGGCCGAGAAGAAGAUUGCACAGGUGGAGUCGGACCCCACAACCCGACUUGUACGCGCAGGAGAACCACAAGCCAUUGGAGCACGGCGACGGAACAGCAGGAGCCAAAACAUGAUCAGCCUUGUCCAGAGACUGAUGGGUGAUCCCACUGGUACAGCAACAACGCCGAUGCAGGCGGCAGCGCUAACAGGCGGACCGUUCUCUCGACCACCUCCAGGAGCAAUGCCCGGACCUUCGUCGUCCUCAAUGGCACACAUUUCCGAGUCACACGAGAGUCCUGAGUCUGACGCGAUCAAGACCAUGUAUAUGCGUUUGGCCGAGGUUUUCCAGAUGAACCACCGCGAUUUGCUGAGGCCCGAGGAGAUUUUGACGUAUCGACAGAACCCUAACCAGAUCGGCGAGGUGAACGUGAUGUGGGAGGCGUUUGCGUACACGGUCUCGUGCGUGGAGAUCACACAGCGCGGUGUUAAUGCGGCCAACGGAACAUCGACCCUCAUUGCCGGUAUUCAGCAGCAGAGCUUGACACUUUUGCGCAUGAUGGCCGACACGACUAUCUCGUACACGGCUAUCAUGGUGAACCACCCUGACGACCGACCCCGUCUCGCACAACUGAGCUGGGAGCGCCUGGGCAAGAUUCUGCAAGGACACCCCGAGUUGAACCAAGCGGAUAGCGCCUCGUUGCAGAUGGUCAAGCCCUUACUCUUGGACGACCCCUUCUUUAUUCUGACCGAGCUGACCCUACACCCACUUCCCGGAAAUGUCGAGCCAGGACACCUGUUGGAGAUUCUGUUGGUGGCAGAGAUUGUCAAGACGGUGACGACCUUUGCGACAUCGAAUAUGGAAUCGUUGCUGGCAGCUGAACCCCGUAUUGCUUCCUACACCCAGCACUCGCUCGAUGCACUCCGCCCCGAGGAUGCGGCAUCGCUGAGGGCGUUUGUCGUUUAUGUGAUGAAGAGUUUGUCGAUGCCUGUGGCCCAGCAGCAGCAGUUCCUGGACAAUAUGCCCGAUAGGUUGCUUUUGAAGCUCCUUAAGACAUACAUCCUCCCGUUCCUACGAAAGUCGGCCUUGUUGAUGGAUGCUCGUCAUGGUGUCCUGUUCCCAGAGACUCAGCCUGCCAUGUCGACGGCAGAACCACUGGACGAUGAGUACUCCCGCCUGGCUGCAUUGUUGCAUCUCCCGGAUCUGCUUACACUGUGCACCAAGUGGAUCGAGGAUGAUCUGUUGAAGGGCAUCUUGACUGCUUGGUGCCACGAUUGUGUGAGCCUUGCUGGGCCUGGCUCUUUCCCUGGUGGAAUUCCUGGACAACAUGGAGAGCUUGACAUGUCGAAUGUGCUGCGCAUUGGUGGAUCAAACGCUGGUUUUGGUGCUCAUCAUAUUCAGGGAUCAUCAUCGUCGUCAUCUUCCGCGGGUGUACCGUCCAGUGCCUCGUCGCGGUUCAUCACUUUGCCCAUUGGUCUGAACCAUCCUACGAUCUAUGAACUUGUGGGGUUGCCAAGGCGUCUGGACUCGCUCUUUGAGCUGAGCAUCAAGUAUAUUUGCCCAAAGUGCAACACCGUGCCUCAGGAUCCAGCACUUUGUCUCUGCUGUGGAACCAUUGUCUGCAGUCAGAGCUUCUGUUGUCUCGAGGGUCUCGAUAGUGACGGUCGUGGAGAAUGCAAUACCCACGCCCUCACCUGCACGGGACCAGUGGGAAUGUACUUGUUGAUCAAGAAGUGUGUGAUUCUGUGGCUGCAUGUGCGGAACGGUUGCUUCCACCCGGCGCCGUUCCUGGACGAGCACGGAGAGGCCGAUCUGGGUCUACUCCGAGGACGGCCCCAGUUCCUGAACCCACUCCGGUACGACGAUCUCCGUCGUCUCUGGUUGACCCAUGGUAUCCCAAUCCAUGUCGCGCGCAAGAUCGAGCAGUCAUACGAUAUCGGCGGAUGGCGCACCCUUUAG